AUUUCGAACGUCGCCAGAGGCGUUUCGUGCAUGGAACGACCAUGGGUCGACCCGACUACUACCUUUGAGUUCCACUGUUCUUGGUUGACUUAGCGAUACCCUGCGGCAUAACCUGCCAACCCCUAAGGCCGUGAUUCGCAAUACGGUGCUUGGACGCCUCGGUACUCCAGUAAUUGUACAGCAGGCCUGGCAGUCCUACCCCGGGCUCACGGACUCUGUCCACUAUGCUGUCUGAGACUACUUCGGCGACUCCUCGACCUCGGCCUCCGGCGAAGACACGAAGGCUACCCUCGGUACAGUUCCCGUCGUUCCCUCCUCCACCAUACGCGCUUUCGCUCGACCAAGUGGUGUUGGACGCGGCGAGCGCCAUUCCCGAACAUGGUUUGGACGAAACGAAGCCACCUCUGCUGCCCCACGACUCCGAGGAAUGGGUCAAGGAGAAGUCAAGGGAGGAACUCUCCGACCUCCUGCUGAAGGCAGAGGAGCUGAUCAAGUCUCGAGAAACUGAGCUGAGCUUGACGUCUACGAUCAUUAAGAGUCUGUACAAGGACAACGUCGAGCUCAAGACUAAGCACGAGACGCUCCUCUCUCGCUUGCCCUCGUCGCCCGCGUCCACAGCGCCCGCUUCCCCAAUAGCACCAACACCUUACAGGAUCCUGUCGCCCCCAUACCCGGACACCAACCUCCCUCGCUCCCCCGACUAUGCAGAUACAUCUCUCCCCAUGCCCUUCGUCCGGCAUACGAGGCGGAUAUCAGUCACUCCCUCCGACUUGACGCGUCUUGCAGAUCAGAACGCAGAACUCCUGGAUAAGCUCGAGAGGCUCGAGGCCGAGUCGUCGAAGUCCGACCAGGCGGGCAAGCGGAAGCUCCGGAAGCUCGAGCGCGAGAUCCAGCUCCUCCAUCAGGAGCUCGAGGAGACGCAGGCUAAGGAGGUGGAGCUCGAGCAGGUGAAGCUCGCGGUGAGUCUCUCGGAGGAGGAGGCGCAGCGACGGAAGGAAGAGCGGGAGGAGCGCGUGCGAGUGUUCAGGGAGAAGGCGGGGUCGUCCGUGUCGGGCUCAGACACUGCGGCUGAUCCUGAAGAGAUCAAGGACUUCGCACCUCCGUCCGAACUGCGUUCACCAGGUUCGAUACGGAUACCGUCGGCCAGUAGUUCUCAGCCCUCCGCAUCAUCUCCUGAACCGGUUGCGAAGCCUAUUCUACCACCGCUGGAGGUGCUUGAGCCUGACAUCCUCCCUGCAUCCCGGAUUCGGCCCCGUUUCCUGAGCACACGGACCCCAUCCGGUGCGGAAUCUGCCAUCGUCUCGCAGCUACUGCACAAGAUCCGUGAACUCGAGGAGACGAAUGCGCAGAUCUCGAAGGAGCAGCAACUCAACGAGGAGCAACUGCGUUCCGCGCAAUGGGACGCGGAGAGCAUCCGCCGGGUUUACGACUGCCUUGAUGGAGUGGACAGUGUCGAGCUCGAGGUCGUAGCGGAAGAUAGCAUCGAGGAGAGCCCGACGAAGGUCCGGCGCAUGGCAUCCAACGGGACCAUCAAGUUCAGCAGCCUCAGACGUUCGAUCCACCAGGACCUCAGCAAGCUGCUUGAGUACGACCAGUCAGACGCGUUUGCGAGCGGUAUCUCGGGCGAGAUGCGGAGUACGGUGCGCAGUGCGCUCACGCAUAAGCAAGGCCCAGCGCACAAGGCUCGCAAGUCUGUGGUAGGCUUAUUCGAGGGCGAGCAGUUGACGCCUGACUCUUCCAUGGAUGGCAGCGAGCCGUUCUUCUCGUCGCCUGCCGCUCGUAUGCCAUCACCCGCCGUAGUCUCCGAGCUCGGAGACAUGUCCAGUUGGUCAACCGCAGCAACGGACGGGAUGGUCCCUGCCUCCCCAGCACUCAGCAGUGGUCUGCCGACACCGUUCCCCGGCACGAUGGGCCGGACGCUAGGGAGCGAACUGGGUAGCGAGUGCGGCGACACCUGGGGCGCGAACGCGGUGAAUUACCACCUGCGGACGACAAGCUUAUAUGGCAUGGCAGGAAUGGAUCUCUCGCGCGAUGCAUCUAUGUCGCCGCAGUUCGUGUUCCCCGCGCUCGACGACUCCGGCGAGGCCGUAGCAUCAUCGCAGCAGCCUGAGGAGGACUGGGCAGCGGAAGCCGGGCCCUCGACGCCCCCGCGGGCACCCGGCUUGCAGCUCACGAUCGAGCCCCCGACGCCGACACCGGAUAAGUCCACACCCAAGAAGUCAGCGUCGGUGAGGCAGAAACGGCUGUCGCAGACGGUUCGCUCGCGCACCCACCGCUGGAUUGAAGGGCGGUUCGCCCCGCGUUCGCAGUCGUCGUCGCCGUCAAGAUCGCCGGAGCCUUUCGCACGGCGGCCGUUAUUGAAGGCAAAGGCGAAAGCGCGCUCCGGCCUCGACACAGAACUGACGAUGGACGAGGUGUUUGAGGAGACCGCGCGGGACUUCUCGCACAUGCAAGUCAGAGCCAGGAGGCAGAUCCCGGAGUUCCCUGAUGACGAUGGCGACACUCUGCCUGAUGAUGAAGGUGGCAGAGUCACAGACGGAGGCGGCCAGGAUACAACUGCGAUGCAGGUGCGCGCGGCCACCUCAGGCGUCCUCGGGGCCGAGCCGCAGGGACGCAUUACGCGGAUCAUGUUCGAGGUGUGGCUGUGGCUGCAGUUCGCCCUCGUGAUUUUGGUAUUCUUGUAUGCGAUGGCGAGGAGAGGCCCAAAGAGCGUGUUGGAGGAGGCGGACCGCCGGCGGGCGCGUGCAGCGCGUGCAUAAUUCUUGGAUAGCUGUAGCUAGCAUUCGACUUUGACGAAGAUUACUUUACUAUGUGUUUACUCAAUCUAGUGGCGACGUCACCUUCGCAGGACUCUGCAGAAGAAUAUCCCGAGUCGCUUCGCUGCUGUGGGGAUACGACGCGUCUGCAACGGUACGCGUCCUGCAAUGUUGAUGCGAUCACAUUGGAUUUCAGUAGAUCAUGUCGUUUGACCUCAAGAGACAGGAGGUCAGUGCUCUGUUGGCCUCGAC